AUGAACAAGCGACAGACAGCCUCAACAGAAGACUCCGGAGAAGCUGUCAAAAAACAAUGGGCGCGGCAUGGCAAAAAUGAAAAAGAUUCUAAUCCAGCGAUGAUGCCCUUUUCAUACGCCGGUUUGGCAUUGGGUCCGAAUCAAAUUAGAUUGAUGAAGCUAAAAGACGGAUCUGACAACACCAAAAUCGAAUUUGAACUACAUACUAAGGAACGUGGACGAGCCGAGUAUCAUGCUUUAUCCUAUACUUGGGGCAGUCCGGUCGGCGAUCAAGAAGCCAUUUGUAAUGGACAGAGCAUGAUGAUAACUACGAACCUACAACUCGCCUUAUCCAGACUUCGAAAGGUUCAAAAGGAUGCUUACUUGUGGGUGGACGCGGUAUGCAUCGAUCAGGCCGACCCUGAUGAGAAAUCGAUCCAAGUGCGGCGCAUGUCUGAGAUCUAUCGUGAUGCAGCCGCUGUCAUUGUCUGGCUGGGUGAGGAGAAUGAUGGCACUGGCCUGGGCAUACAGCUGCUAUCGAACCUCUGCCGAGCAUUUCCCUCGUCCAACGGCGACGAUAUUCGAUCUUUGUACCUCGAUCAUUCAUCGUUGCCAACGGCGGAGGAGCUCGACAAGGCCGGCCAACUGGACAAGCUGGGCAUACCAUCAGAUACUACGUCAGCUCCCUGGCAAGCAGCGGCCAAGAUUCUUGACGCAGCCUGGUUUGGGAGGAGAUGGAUCUUGCAGGAGGUGGCUCGGUCCGAGAAAGGCUUCUUCAGAAUUGGGAGCCAUGAGACAACGCCUGAGAUCAUCCUUGGCGGCGCAUACCGCAUCCUUUCGCUCCCCGAACUCAACCACGCUCUCGAUCACAAUCAAAGAAGAAACUGCAUUCGCGUCGAGAGUAUUGUGCAACUGUUGCGUAUGCAACAGUCCUCCUGGCUCCAUGAGUCACUGGCUGACAUCUUACUCGAGACUGCGAACUUUGAGUCCUCGGAUCCACGAGACAGAAUCUUCGCGAUUCUGGGGUGUCUCGACACCACCGUUCCUGAUCAUCUUGUUGACUAUACGAAAGACUUGACAGAGGUUCUCACCAGCGUCGCCAUGUGCGAAAGCGAACGCGAUACAGACGAGUAUUUUCUAUCUCUACUGAGAGGGUUGUGUUAUGUCGACAAAGUGUCCGACACUGUGCCUUCUUGGAUCCCCACGUGGGAAUUUUCGAGCCCGGCUUGGCUAUCGCUGUGGGACGUGGUAGAAGCGGAUGCGGUAGACGUCGCCCAGAUGGAGGUUUCUAUCUCAGUCGACAGAAAACGUCUACAGACUCGAGCGAUCAUCUUCGAUCGAGUCGCUACAGUGUCUGAUCCGACCUUCGAGAGGGACGGCCUUCCCAUGGCCCGAGAUGAUCCUGAUACCCAGGAACGACAAUUUUCGCGCGACUACGAUGAGAAAUGUGACUGGCUGGUCCAGUGCGAAAGAAUCGCCACCGGUGUCGCCGAUGCCAGCCUCGAAACCUUCCUCCGAUGCUAUCUGUUUGGCGUCGAUUUAGAAGAACAAGAUUUUGACUUUGUCAAUGCUUAUCAAACAUACCUCCGAAUGGGUGCACUCAAGUCUGCCGUACAGGCUGGGAGCGGGAAUCUUCAUCCCGCGCAUUACAGACAGCGCUGUCGACGGCUGAACGUCCAGCCACAGCUUGACAUGCCAGGAUUGGAUGAUGCCAAAGACGCUGACGCUGACGAGACGAUCGCGGUGGACGAAUAUUCCAGAGCAAUGAGUAAAGUCGCUUAUUCAUGGUUCGAGACUGAGCAACUCAGCCCACGGGAAAGGUACGGCCGUCGUUUCUUUGCAAGCCAGAACGGCAGGAUUGGCUGGGCGCCUCAGGCCGUUCAGGCAGGCGACUCGCUUUGUGUCAUCUUUGGCUUUGCGGUGCCUUUUGCAAUUCGAAAGGUCAAAGAAGAAGAUAAAAGUGGUCCGGGCCAAUACCGUUUGCUUGGCGCUUGCUAUGUUCACGACCAUAUGGAUGGUGAGAUUUUCCUAGACGAGGAGCUUGAGAGGUCGACUAUUGAGAUUAUAUGA